CGGCAACGAUGUACUCCGUAACUCCGAUGAUGGCCCCAAGAAAUGCUGCGCGAGAAUUCAGCGCGACUGAGAAAAUACGACGCUGAUGUCGAGGAGACUCGGCCGGGAAUAGCCCGAUUUGACGAUGCUAGGAAACUAUUCAACCCUCGGGCGCCGUCGCGCUUUACCGGUGGGAGGUAGCCCUGGGGUUCUCACUAUUUUUCAGCUGAUGUUCUGAGCCAAUCCUGUUAUCCAUCACUCUUCCACCCCUCAGUCACUGGACCCCUUGUUCUCAGCUCAAAGGAACUGUCGCACAUUGUUUGAACAUGCGCCGUACCUGGGCUGUUGGCGUGCUUUGCACUCUACUUGCUUCAGCCUCCGGGAUCUAUGCGCAAGAGACUACAGACGCCGCGGGACGCAAGACAUGCAUUGUCAAGGCUAGCGGAAUCAACACCACCGACGACGCGCCUGCUAUACUCGAGGCGUUCACGCAGUGCGGCCGGCGCGGCAAGGUCGUGUUCGAACCAACGACGUACUAUGUCAACUCCGCUUUGAAUGUUACUUGGCUGGACGAUGUCGAGAUUGAUCUUCAGGGAACUCUGCUGUGGAGUACAAACAUCACGUACUGGCUUGCCAACUCGCUGGACGUCGGGUAUCAGAAUCAGUCCACUGCCUUUAUCCUCGGCGGCAAUAAUGUCCGUCUCAACGGUUAUGGGCAAGGCACUUUCGAUGGCAACGGCGACUACUGGUAUGAAUGGAUCAGACAGCAGGCAAACACUUCGAAUUACCCUGGCCGUCCACAUGCUCUCACUCUCAACGGGUUGCGGAACUCUGUUGUAAAGGGAGUAAACUUCCUGAGAAGUCAGAUGUGGACUCUGUCCAUAAUCUACUCCCACAACGUCGUCCUCGAUAGCAUCUUAGUUAACAACACUGGCAACCGGUUCCAAAGCUCGAACACGGACGGUGCUGACACGAUCCGCUCCUCCGGCAUAAAGUUCAACAAUUGGACUGUCUAUAGUGGCGACGAUAGCAUCUCUCUCAAAGCAAACAGCACUGAUGUCAGCAUUACGAACUCCAAGUUCUACAAUGGGUUGGGCAUUGCUCUCGGCAGUAUCGGACAAUACAAUGACCAGUUCGAGACCAUCGAAAGACUGAAAGUCGAGAAUUGCUUCUUUGACAACACGUUGCAUGCAGUCUACUUCAAAACUUGGACAGACGACCAAAACGGCUACCCUCCUAAUGGCGGCGGCGGCGGGCUUGGAUUUGCAUCGGAUAUGACUUUUAAGAACCUGACCGUUCAAGGUAUGCGCGGCGCUGCGUUCGCAAUCUCUCAGUGCACCCGCUUUCGCGGCGCUCCCGGGGUGGGCAACUGCACCAACUCGCAGUUUCAAAUUCGCGAUAUCACCCUCGACGGCAUGGUAGGCACGACCAAGUCAUCCCGCGUCGCCAGUCUCCAAUGUAGCGCUGUUGCACCUUGCACUAACAUCGGUCUCUUCGACGUCGACCUGGAGCUUGCCAACGGGACUGCUGCCACUUCAUACCUUUGUGGGAACGCCGUGAACCCCCAGGGCUUUGACUGUACUGGGACUCCUUGCGUGGGAGGAAGUGCAACGGGUGAAUGCUGAGCGAAGAAGUCUGGGCCUCAAUCAUCAUAAAGUGAGUGAGGGCAGAAGAUAUUCUGAUCGAUGGGCGUUAGGCUAGGAGUGCUGUUCCGGCGGUUCCGGAGGAGCCGAGGUUGAGUGCCAAAGCCUUGCGCAUCAACAGCCCACACGAAUGAUUCCUCCGGGCACAGAAAUGCAAAACCUUUGCUCGAUUAGGUGC